AUGGGCCUCUUCAAGAGCCCCUGGCGCUCCAAGGUCGCGGCCGUGGCGGCCUUCCAGAGCCCCGAGCCUCCCGCCGAGGAAUUUGUGAAGCCCCCCACGCCGCCGCCGCCGCCGGGCCGCGACGCGGCGACCAUCGUCGAGGAGCUCGCGGCGAUGACGGACGCGGUCGAGGCCGCGCGCGUCGCGCUCGCGCGCACCGGCACGAUCAUCCCGAAGAUGGGCUUCGGCGAGCACCUCGAGGCCGCCGAGGACGAGCUCGACGCCUGCGAAGCGAAGCUGGACGUUAUUGUACGUCUUGGACGGACGUCGGCCGCCGCGACGCGGCGCCUCGGCGACGCGGAGCAGGCGGGCCGGCGCGCGCUGGCGGCUGCCGGCGCGGCCGCUGACGCGCGGGUUGCGGCGGCGGACGCUGUUUGGGGCGCAAUUGCUGCGGUGGCGUACGUUCGCGCGGCCGCGGCGGAGGAUUUACUGAGAGCCGCGACGGCGGCGCACCGGCGGUCCACCGCGGCCGAACAAGCCGUCGGCGCCGCGACGGCCGCCUUUGCGGCGGCGACGACGGCCGCGGCGGCCGCCCGCCUGGGCGCGCGCCACGUCUUCGCGGCCGACGCGGCGCUCGAAUUUGAGCCGGCGGUCGUGUUUUACAGCCCGGAGGCGCCGGCGACGCCCGCGGCAGUGGUGCCGGAGAGCCCGGAGGCGCCGUCGACGCCCCGCGAGGCGCCGUCCGACGAGGAGGCGCCGGCGACGCCCGUCGAAGCCGAGGCGGAGACGCCGGCCGUCGGAGCGCCCGCGCCCGCGGAGGAGGGGGAUUUGGUCGAGUGCGACCUGGGCGUGGGCACCGUCAAAGCGGUCGUCCGGGACGGCGCCGCCUACGUCGUCGAGAAGCGAGAUAACACGGGGUUCCUGGUCGUGCCGUCGGCGACCUGCGAAAAGGUCGCCGCGCCCUUGACCAUAAAAUCGCCCGUCGCCGCGACGAAGGCGGCCGUCCACUGGCGGCGCAGCGUCAAGCGCUACGUCGACCCCGAGACGCAGUACGAGUACCUCUACGACGAGAAAACGGGAGAGAGCAAGUGGGCCGCGGGCGAGGACUGGGCCGUCGACCCGCGCCUCCACAACAUCGCGAGGCAGAUCAUGGCGCGCCAGAAAAUUAUCAGGGCGUUCCGAGCGAAGCGGUCGCCGAUCAAAGCCAUCAAAGCCGUCGCCGCGGUGGCGCGGUGGCAGCGCUACACGGACCCCGAGACGAAGCAGGACUAUUUAUAUGAUGAGGCCUCGGGCCAGUCGAAGUGGGCCGACGGGAGCGCCGAGGUGUGGACCGCGAACCCGCGGUUGGCCAAUGUCGCGCGCGAGAUCAUUAAGAGAAGGCGCCGGUCCAAGGACGCGGCCUUCGCGGCCGCCGCCGGCGCCGUCGCCGACGAACGAUUGGGACGGGAGGCCGCCGAGCGCCGGCUGCGACUUACGGAGAAAGAACGGGCCACGCUCGCCUUCAAGCUCCGCGUCGCCCUCGAGGCGACGGGCGGCGUCGAUUUGAGAAGGUUGGAUCGGGACUUCGCGGGCUGCGCGGCGGACUGCGCGCGUUUGAGGUUGGAGCUGAUGCGGGAGCGGUCGACGCGGGCGCAGUCCGCCGCGCGCCGGCGCCACGCGAACUAUGGCAGGCGCAAGACCGCCGACGGGAAGAUCAAGCGCGAGCCACGACCGCUGACGCCGCCCCAUAUGCACGCGGCCGACGUGACGGCCCAAUUUCUCAGGGACCUGGGCCACCCGACGACGGUCAUCAUCAAUAGACGGGGCGCGGACCAGAAGCCGCUCUGGCUCAAGGACGCGCCGUGGUAAUUUAUGUUUCGUAG